AGGUAGACCUGUUGCUGGCUGUAACCGUUGUGUCCUACAUGACUGCAGUCAAAAGUCCAUAGAUAUAUGUAAAACCAAAGAUGGAAUUUGUUAUAGCAAGAUUACAGACUUCCCAUUGGAGGGUCACAACAGAGAUCAGACAAGAUAUAACAAACUGGGAUGCAUGAAUCGUCGAGAUUGUCACCCAGUCAAUUACACUGCCAGCUUACCACAGGGCGGAUACAUCCACCUGGAAGUCAAGUGCUGCAACAAAAAUAUUUGCAAUCGACAAAUCCAAGUACCGGCUCAAAAGAAUCGUCCCUUCAAUGGGAUGCAGUGCCCAGGCUGCCUCGCCCGCAUCCCUAACGCAAAUGAAUCUUGUUCGAGUGACGCUACUGUCAGAUGUCGUGGCCAGGAGAAUAAAUGCAUUUCGUACACCGGUGGCCUUCAGGCACCCAAGUUCAACUAUGACCCAGUCAGCUUCAAAGGCUGUGCGACCAAAAAUCUGUGUGACUUACUAACAGGAGCCACAGAAAAAGGAAAUGACCUCCUGAAACCCAUAGACACAGUAGAAGCGGAAUGUUCCUGUGCCGAAUUCCCGGCUUAA